UUCGCCAUUAAAAUGCAAAAGUGCUCCAUGGAUAAAUUUACUCCAUCCCUCAAAUCUAGGCUCUCUGUUUGGUGCCUGCGUGCCGCGUACGCCUGCUUGUACUCUCGAAGAUUGCUUAGGUAAAUUGGAUAUUGUGCGAACAGCAGUUGACGACAAGAACCGUAGCUACUCUGCACCUUACCACAGAAGUUGCCACUGCAGCCGAUCUCUUCGCGACCACAAACUAACCACCUUCCUGAGUGACCAUGCUCUGCUCAAACGUAGCCCUUCUAUUGUUGGUGAGUGCUGGCGUCUCGUUCUCCUUGAUGCAACACGUCGUUGAACUUCACCCCUCGCAACUCGAGACUGUACUUCGUUCUCAGAUCCAAUCGGAAAAUGCCCAUGUUGUGCUCGUUUCUUGCAAGGGUUUCUGGGACGACGUUGACUUGUUCUGGAUGAAACAGUUGCCGGUGAAAGCGUCCAAGUGGCUUUACGACGAGCCAGGCCUGCGCGGCUUGUUGGUCUCAAACACAAUGUACAGCUUCCACACAACGGUCCUAGUGCCCAGCCCACGAAACAGCACAGCCGUAUGUUUGGAACAAAUGCAGCGGAGCUACGUUUACAGGUACAUGGUGAAGUGGAUCUUCUUAUCGCUCGAAGAAGGUAUCGAACCCAGCUCGUACAAUGAAACAGAGAACGAAACAAUUCGAAAUUCAUUUGCGUUUCGUACGCCAGAAACUUCGCUUCUUCGCGCAACUCAAUCCGUUGGAACCCCAAGCGAAACACUUCGUGAAUCUUCGAUCCGCAGGAAGAAUGGGCCUACACCUCAGUUCCUUGAAAAUCGAAACAAACUUCGGAGCCUAUCGGGUCAACAUGUUCGUAUCGGCUUCAUCAACAACAAAUAUUUCGGCACAUUCAACGACUCCCUUCUAUUAAUGCAUGUCCUGAGUCUGCUCCGCGCGACAAACGCCACUCUUCAUUUUCACCGCCAUACCAACUUUAUCCAAUUGAUCAGCGAAGGAUUGGCCGAGGGUUCGAUUGACGUAUUCAUUCACAAACUAUUUUGUGCCCACGUCUUUCUCGCCUAUUUCGAUUUUCCAAAUAUUUUGUUGUACGACUAUCCAACGUUUUACGCCAAGGCAAAUGCCACUCGCGUCUUAACACCCGGCGAUAUUUUCGCAAAUUCCUCAGUAACUAUCAUUCUAUUCAUCCUAUCACUCUGCCUUUAUUUGCUGAUUCUUUGCUUGAUUGACUACGUGCAGUUUCGUGCUUUCCGCACCGUUUCCAGGGCAGCAUUCUUUCUGCUAGGAAUUUUCUGUGCAGCGUCUUCUGUGAUCCCUAACACGACCCGAUGGAAGGGUAUACGAAGAAGUCUAUUUGCUGUGUGGCUUUUCAGCAUCCUGCCAUUGUCUACUUACUUCCAAGGGCAGCUCACGUCAUGGUUCACUACUAACGUCCCAGAAAACGUCUUGGACACAUUAGAAGAACUACAAGAGGCCUUGGAAAGCGAUUCCGUGGCUCCCUGCGUUGUUGACCAGACUCUGGUUCACUACAUCCUGCAAAGGACGGCCACAAAAUCCGAUACCAUGAAUGAGCUCCGACUGAACCCAAAGUUUCCCCGACUGAUGCUAAAGUUGAUGGAAUCCUUCUCACGACACCAGGAAGACAAUCUCGUGACGCGCACCUUUGCAGACUGUGUCCUCUGCGCAAGAAGAAACGACCGUGUCUGUUUCGCGGACCAGGUGGAACCCUGCGUCAUCAAGCCUGUAAGCCGGGACGUCAGGAUGUUCAAAGAACAUUAUAAUCAUCACAUGAUGACGACUCUGGUUGGAAAGAACUCACGUCUGAAGAGUGCCUACGGGACGUUUCUGCAGCGUCUCCACGAGUCGUCCCUGUUGCACAACCGUUCACGCUUCAAGUGCGAAUACCAAGCGGAGCAGACACCCGCUCCUCCGACUGUCCAGCUGGAACUUUGGGGCUUCUUUCGCUUCUACGCGAUGAUUCUGAGCGCUACGGCGAUUGUGUGGCUACUUGAGCUGUGCGUGUUGCUUUAAGGCCGCGGUCCUACCGUCUUUGUGGGUUUUCUCUUACCAGCAAAGCUUAUCACGCACGUAUAGAAAGGCGCAGUGUGCGUGACUGCAUAAAACUGAAAGAAUAAAACACAGAGGACAAGCACAGGACAACCAAUUUCUUUCAUAGAAAGUGGUUGUCCUCUGUAUUUUAUUCUUUCAAUUUUAUGUAUUCAUGUUCAACCCGCUCGCCUUCAUCAGUGCGUGACUGGUUUCGUCGGUGACAGCGAAAGCGUAAAGACGACGAGUGUUCAGGCGAUGAACUUUUGGCGCAACUUGAUUGGCUGCAUCGGAGCAUAUAGCAUCGGGGCUUAGGUCAGACUUAAAGUGAAACGAACUAUAUUAUAUAUUAUGCUGGCGGGUUACUCUUUGCGCUAUCUAUAACAGUUGUUUUUUUCUUUAGAAGUGCAAGGUCCUGAAGGUACUGUUGGUUUCCCUGAGAUUGAUGACCGCGCAUUCAUUUCAGUCUGCUGUAAAUAUACGUUUGUAGCGCUGCUAAAUUCACUCACCCAAACGUUAGAAAAUAUUGAACUAAAAAGAAAAGAUAGAUUCUACAGUGUGCUGUUUGUCUGCCUGUGUGCUUAAAGCACGUGUCUUCGCAAUUUGCACUCUCCUAUCGUAUGUCUUCGCUGUUGCGAUUCCUAAUAGACGCGCUAUACAUUGUGAGUGUUGUAUAACCCUUCCGACUGGGGAAUAAAGGAGGAGGAAGCUGAGCACGCAA